CAGACUGCGGGGCUGCUGCCAUUUCACAGCGGACACACACACACACACACACACACACACAUCAGAGCCUGUUGCUGGACGAACGUCUCCCGCAGCAGAACCUUAUUUUCCUUUCUCUCCUGGGUACAGAAGUUUACUUGUGAGGAUGAGUGUCGCGGUGGCGGAGGGCUGCUUUAUGUCCGCCCUUCAGCCCAACUCCUCCUGCACCGCUUACAUGAUUCCCUCGGACGGUCCGUGUCCGGACCCGGUGGCUAAAGCUCGGAGGGUCCAGGAGCAGGUCCGGAUGAGACUGGCCGAGAAGAGGUCCUCCUCCAUGACCAGACUGGACGACUCCCUGACCGCAUCAACAGAUUACAGCUUUCCUGAAACAAAGAGCUUAGCACAGACCCUUGGUUUCAGUUCCAGAUCCAUGAUACACACGCCCAGCCGCAUCAUGGCCGUUCCCACAGGUCCCCUUCCCUCCUCUGGCUUCUCUUCUCGCUCUGCUGUGGAGACGAGUUCCAGGUUGAGCAGCAGAGGAAGCAGCAUGGUACAGAGCAACUUCCAGACUGUGCAGGCACACAACAGAAGCAGGCGGUCCAAGUCAAUGUGUCAGGCUGACCAGGAGAGGUUACCUCUUACUGUGGUGGUUCCUCCAGAGACUGCCUUUUUGCCAGUCUCCGUGGAUCCCCCACACAGCCGAAGCCUCAUUCGGAUAUUAGCCCAAGAAAGACGCAACUGGCCGGAGGAGCCGCAGCAUCAGUCCUCCUACAAAGGCCCCUCCCAUCGCACCAUCAGCCGCAUCACUAACCGGCAGCAGCACAACCAGCAACAGGGCUAUGCCUUUGAGAGGGAGGGCUGGUUGGGGACUGGCAGGGGAGUCCCCAUGGCAGGGGACGGCUGGGGAACACAGUGGCAGCAGCAUGUGUCCCGGACCAACCAUGUGACGGGUGCAGGGCAGUACCAAGCCCCCCUGAAACGGACUGCCUCGGUCCGCAGUGUGAGGAGCGUUGGGAAAGGAGUGGAUGUCUUGGAUGGAGUAUCAAUACACAGCAACGACCCCCUGGCAGAGAUACAGAGUCUGGACAUGGCAACUGCUGUCAGAUAUCUGUCUGAAUCAGACACGGCCCUGCAAAUUCUGGGAGCUGCAUACAUACAGCACCAGUGCUACCAUAGCAACGAUGCAAAGAACCAGGUGCGUGCGCUUUAUGGCAUUCCAGCUCUGGUUCAGCUUUUCACCAGCGACAACCAGGAAGUGCAGCGUUACACCACGGGCGCCACGCGGAACCUCAUCUACGAGAACUCUGACAACAAGGUGGCCCUGAUAGAUGCCGGGGGUUUGACCCAUCUCGUCAGCAUCCUUCGCCAACCUGACGAGGAGCUUCAAAAGAUCAUCACAGGCGUCCUGUGGAAUCUGUCCUCCAGAGACAACCUGAAGCAAAAGCUGUCCAAAGAAGCUUUAUCAGAGCUGACAGAUACAGUGCUGAUUCCUCUGUGCAGCAGUCUUCCACUGAGUCCAUCUGAGAGAGAAAUCUUCUACAACACCACCGGCUGCCUCAGGAACUUGAGCUCAGUGAAUGAGAGGACAAGACAGAAGAUGAGAGACAUGCGAGGUCUGGUGGACUCUCUGGUGUCCUACAUAACACAAGAGGACAUGACUGAGGACAAGGGUUUGGAGAAUUCCCUGUGUGUGAUGAGGAAUCUGUCCUACCAGCUGUACACGGAGCUUCCUUCAUCAGUGCGACUCCGCCUGGAGGGCCAAUCGAGAGCUUCUGCCUCCCAACACAUUGACACCAUUGGUUGCUUUACUAUGUACAACAAAAAAAACUCACAGCGUAACCAGAACCUGACCAUACUGUCGGAGGUGUCCCGACAACCUAAAGGUUCUGAGUGGCUGUGGCACCCAAAGGUGGUGGAGAUGUACAAGAGUGUUCUACAAAACAGGGACAUCAGCUCCACCAGCCGUGAGGCUGCCAUAGGAGCCCUGCAAAAUAUCACCACAGGAGAGGCCUGGUGGUCAUCAGUGCUGAGUGGUGUGGUGAUGGAGCAGGAGAGGAUGUUGCCCAUCCUGCUGGAUCUGUUAGACACCAACAGUGAGAUGGAGCUGAGACCUUUGACUGGCCUGCUGAAAAAUCUGGCCGGACACUCAGCGAACAAAGACCACAUGGCUAAGAACAUGGUGAAUGCUCUUGUGUCCAAGCUGCCAUGUGAUGGUCUACAGAAAACCCUGUCCAGCGAGGUAGUGUCCAAUUUGUGUGCAGCACUCAAUCACCUGGUCACCUGCAGUACUAUAGCAGCACGAGACAUCUCCUACUUCAAUGGCCUUCCCAAACUGGUGGGCAUUAAGACCUUACAUGAUAACAGCCCUGGGAGUAUUAAAACUGCCAAAGCGGCCUCAACUGUGCUCUACAAUAUGUUCCAGUACAACAAGCUGCACAAAGACUACAAACAGAAAGGAUUUACCAGACAGGACUUCACAGAUGCCACCAUCUAGAUUGUCACAUGUAACAUGCUUCUUUCUGAGCUUUUGACCUCUGGAUCACAGCUGCUGAGAGGAAAAGAAGAGAAACGGCUUCAAUGAGUUGUUCAUGGAACUGUGACUGACUUACAGGAAAAGAAAAAAGAACAGCAGCCAAUGGAAGAAUGGACUUUAGGUUUGCCCUCAUUUACGUGGUUCGCCCCCCAAAUAUAUCUCUGUGUGUGUUAGGGUUUGACUGGGUUUUGACACUGACUCCAUUUGUUUUGGAUUGGUGGUGCUGAUUGCUGACAUGACAGUUUUAAAAACAUUCAUAAUAAAAUAGAUUUUCACUCAGAGAAAAUGCCAGGUGCAAAACAAACACCCCAAACCAGAAAUUAUAUACAUGGACAUUUAUUUUUGUAUCAUUAAGAGUAAUUGCAUAAACGUUUGGAUCGAAAUGUUCAAAAGGUUUCUAAGAUUGACAAGGGAAUGUAAAUUGUUUUUGACACUGUGUCAAAGAAAUAUUUGAAGUUAGCAUGCUAACCAGAUAGCCUUUGCUCAUCCUGUAACUGUCUCCCUAAUACCACUUCAUACCUCUAGAGGUAACAGUGAAGGGAUUUUCUUUUUAAAUCAAUUUAUUUGUAUGUGUAUAAUUAAGCACUGCAUCACUAGCAUAAACAGAAAACAGAAAAUAUAUUUAGAGAACAGUAACAGUGUAUGCAGUGUGUUGUCAACAUGUGGAUGUUAGAUUCAAAUAAUUAUCCUGGAUCAACUAUAUCAGUACAUUUUCAAAGAGGGCUCAGCAUGUCACUGAGUGAAUCAGGAGCUUUUUACAGUGGAGCUCUCCUCAUCAGUGUCCAAGAACAUUUAUCAGCUGGGCUGUGAUUUACAGUUACUUUCUUGUUAAAAUAACUUUAGAGAUGAACAGAAACUAUCAUAAACUGAUGGAAACGGUGAGCUGCUGAGAAAGUGCCCUUAUGUACAGUGAUUGUACUGUAUAGACUACUUUUAUACUGACCUGAAUAUCAGAGUUUGGUUUAGCAGCAGACUGAACACACUUCUGAAUUCACUGAACCUUUGUGUGAUGGGUUAUCUUGCUGUUGUACACACUGCAGGAGUCAUUAGGGAAAACGUGAACUUCUUGUGACUGACAUAAUUUCCACCCCUACAUCUCAGCUGUAGUUAGCCUUAGUGAGCUAAUCUUACCUCACCAACAAGCUUAGAUCAUUUACAUAAACAUUUGAUAAAUAGCAGAAUGUUAUCAUUGUCACUGGGAGCAUGUUUGCAUGCUGGUAUUAUCAUUUAGCUCAAGGCACCCAAUUUAACUCACCAUUGGUGUGUGGUGCAUUAUACGGAUAGACGAGCAGAACUGGAAAACAUACUACACUACCAACUACCCCCUUGCACACUGAUGCUGCACCUUGUUAAGCCUUAUGAGGCAAAUUGUGAUUUAUGAAUAUUGGCUAUACAAGAUUUGACUCAUUGGUUGAUUGAUUGAUUGAAACAUCCCAGGAUUAUUCACAAUGUGCAAAUGCAGCUUGACAAGCGUCAGCCUUCAGUCAAGAGACACUUCCACGAAAAUGAAAGAAUUGUAAGAUGCAAUUUCGGAGACGGCAGCCUAAGAGGGUAGUAUGUACAGAAUGCUGCUCUGAGAUGGAAGGCCUGCACUUCAGUGUCACUCUAAUCGGUGUCUACCUUUAGCUUCAACCUCUUUAGCACUUGCCUUACUAGUACCUUUAGCACAUCAGAUAUCAUGGCCGUUGGUCGUUACUAUUAUAACUAUCUAUUCUAGCCAGUAGGACAGAGAGUGAUGGGUGAACAAAGUCACAGCAGGGAUGAGAGAAGGGCUGGUGGAGAAUUCAAAGAGCAAACAAGGGGAUUUCUGUGGAAGGAGUGUUGGAGGGUGUGGACGAUACUGCAUCCCUGAAAAAGCCUUACAACUAGCAGAGAGGAAGGGCGGGCCCAGGCUGACGGAGGGAGUGAAAAACCUGGAUCUCCAGUGGGAUAAAGGGAAGAGAUGGACUUGAACACAAUGAUCACCAAACACGAGUGAAUGUUAGAGUGUCAUUAUACUGCUGAUAGUUGUUCUCGUGAAUUUCUUACAUCCAUUCUCUUCCCCUCCGACUUCGGGUGUAAAGCAUGUCAAGCAAGUAGAUGUGGAUAGUAAAGUAGAACAGGGUUGUUUGGUGUGAAUAUGCAACAUGUUUCGAUUUCCUCUACUGUCGCUUUUUUAAUUGUAUCUAUUGUCUGUCUGUAAUUUUGUUAUCUACAUAUGCCGCCUUGUUUACUGGUCAUAUGCUUUUAUUAGUCUCUACGCUAAUUUACCAGCUGUCUUAUUGGAGAAAGUAACCUUUUAGAGUUUGAAUAUUCACUUCAGUUUUUCCAAACAAUGACUUUCAUGCAAAUUUGCUCCAGUUUAUUUGUAGAUGUGAGAAUCAUCCCUUGCCUGUUGAGAGCAGAGGUUAUCUCAACAAGCCCUUUGGGGUUUUACAUCUGGCUUUAUUGUCUGUAGUAUUUCCUUUUGGAUCAUAAAAUUUAGGCUCAGAGUUGAAAUAUUGUUGUUGCUGCCAAUUUGUCUGAAGGAAAAGCUGAAUGCAUAAUAAAUAAAUGUUGGUUAGACAGUUUAAAAA